GUUUUUAUUCUGUUGCAGACACUGGUUGAGAAUCACUGCUCAAAAGAAUAAUAACAUCAAAUUCUAACCAGAUAAGGAGUGUGGAAUUUCGAAGCUUCAUCUCUUUUACAUGAUACCCUUUUCCUUUCUCUCUCUUCUCUUAUUCUCAUUGUUUAGUUACCUACCGUUCAAUCAAAGUCAAUGGCUACUCUCGCUCCAUUUUUUAUUUGAUUUCUUUUUGCUCUCACAGUCUUCCCAAAAGGGCUAUUUUAUUUGAUGUGAAAUUUUGUAAUAUGAGAAAAAGAAAGAUCUUUUAGAUCGAUUUGUUGAUGGGUCGGGCUGGGGUUUUGUUAAUUGUUGCAAUGGCAAAUUGAAGUUCCGAGGGUGAUUUGUUGGGGAAAUGGGGGAUCAGGGUGUUUUAGGUGUUAACGUUGGAAGAGAGGAGGAGGAAGAUGAGUUUUGCAGUUGUUGUGGAGAUGAAGACGAGGAAGCGUGGAAAGAGACUGAGGAGGCUGUGGUGGGAGGGUUGAAGGACGAGCUUGAUGAAUUUUCAGUAAAAAUGUUCUUCAAGGGGUUGUCAAUGGCUGGGGUUGAAAAUCCAAGUUCUGGGUUUUCUGGAAUUGGAGUUGUAAUGGAAAGGUCACCAGGGCUUCCUGCUAUAAGGGUGCAGAAAAAACUUGACUUUUAUACGGAGGAGUCUGUGGUUGACUCUUUGGCACUCUUGGAUGGUUUGCUGGAAGCUGUGCGGAAAAAGAUCCGCAGGGUUUAUGCUUUCACAGAUUCCGAGUUGUUGCAUGAUCAGAUAACAUUUGGGAAGAAAAUGGACAUGCCUCUUUUGAUGGCAUUGAGAGAAAGGAUUCUGGAACUUGCCAAUAAUUUUGAAGAUUUUGUUUUAAAGCUUAUACCGUCUACUGAUCUUGAGCAGCCACUGCAUUUGGCCAAAGUAGCUAUUGGGCUAGUCACUUUCCCCAUAAGUGGAGAGAGAUUGCUUAAGAACUGUUCUAUUUGCUGUGAUGACAAGCCAGUGCUAAUUAUGAUUACCCUGAAAUGUUCGCACACAUUCUGUUCACAUUGCUUGAGGGCCUAUGCCGAUGGUAAAGUACAAUCAUCUCAAGUUCCUAUAAAAUGCCCUCAACCAGGGUGCAAGUAUUGCAUCUCUGCAACUGAGUGCAGGUCUUUUCUUCCAUUCACCUCAUUUGAAUCACUGGAGAAAGCUCUUUCCCAAGCCAAUAUUGACAAUUCAGAUAGAAUUUAUUGCCCAUUUCCAAAUUGUUCUGUUCUCCUUGAUUCUCAUGAAUGUUUAUCAGCUAGGACAAGUUCAUCAAGUCAGUCUGACAAUUCUUGUAUCGAGUGUCCUGUUUGUAAGAGGUUCAUCUGCGUGGACUGUAAGGUUCCUUGGCAUUCUUCUAUGAAUUGUGUAGAAUUCCAGAAUCUGCCAGAGGACGAGAGGGAUGCUUCUGACAUAUCCUUGCACCGUCUUGCUCAAAAUAAGAGGUGGAAGCGUUGUCAACAAUGUCGUACAGUGAUUGAACUUACUCAAGGCUGUUACCACAUGACAUGCUGGUGUGGUCAUGAGUUCUGCUAUUCUUGUGGUGCGGAAUACCGAGAAGGGCAACAAACAUGCCAAUGUGCAUAUUGGGAUGAAAAUAACUCAGAAAACUCAGUGGCACACUCUCUUCAAGAAUCAGAACAAUGGGCAUGGGAGACAUUCAACUCUCUCUCCAUGAUCGUGGAUGCAUACUCAGACCAGGAAAGAUCACAGCUUGCGCUGAUUCAGAGGUUUCUGGCCGGCGGUUUCAGUCUCAGUGACCACAAUCCUUACCAGUCUCCUCCUCGCUGUACAGAUUCCUAUGUAGACCCCAUGAAGGAUCUACAUCAACUUCCAUGGCUAGAGAGAUUUGUGUCUGUGAUAAGUGACAACUACUAUGAAGAUUACAUUCAAUGAAAACUGUGAUAGAUCAUAGACUUUUCUACCUAAUAAGCUCAUCAACUUUCAAUCUCAACUAAAGUUUUGAGAGGUUGCAGAAGGGGAAACUUGGGAGUGAAAACAUCUUUGCUUCUUUUUUUACUGGGAAGAAUACAGUGUUAGUCAAUUAACUUUUAUUUUGCUCA